UGAGCUCUUAUUCUGUUUAUAUUUUGUGUUACAGCUGAUAUUGUGAAUGAUCUGAACAUUUAGAAUUUGUAGUUGUGAAAUUAAUCUCAAUCACAAUGCUCCUCUCACAAACGGCGCGUAUUCUCGCGCACAAGCCAUUUCAACGCGGCCUAUCGCCCACAUCGUCGUCUACGGUUCCGUGCCGAAACUUUUGGGGCUGGAUCAACAUGAUGUUCAACAGGGUCGAUCACGCCCGGCUAAAGGUGGUGGGACCGGAUCGACUUUGCGCCGAGUGGCUACUUCGAAACGGUGCCAGGGCGAAAUUCGUUGGGGUGGCACGCGAACAGGUCAACUACAAUUUGCUGCCCGAUGAGAAGACUCCCGUUCAGAUUGAGGAACUGGAUGGAACCGAUUCCGGCAUUAUGUACAUUGGAUUCGAUCACUUGAAAGGGUUGAAGCGACUGCGGAAGGUCAAACUGCACCAGUGCGUUUACGUGGAGAAUCAAGCGUUGGCCAAGCUGGCGUUUGUGGCCGAUUCCUUGGAGGUACUGGAAGUGUCCAGUUGUAAAAAUAUAACCGACAGUGGGCUGCUGUCGUUGAAGGAGCUGAAGAAGUUGAAGCAGUUGACCACUUUCGAUCUUCCGUAUGUUAAAAAUAUUCAAGCAGUUGAACAAGAGUUGAAAAAAGUGCUGCCACAAUGCAGCAUGGAUUUGAAGGCUUGAUCUGUUGCUGUCGAACUUUGGUGUUCUAGUCAUCGAAAUACUGAUCUUAAAUAAAGUUAUUUUGUACUAAA